UCUGUUAAAAAUUUUAUUUACUAAUUAACCACUUAGUUUAUUAAAAUAUAAUUGUGCCCUUUAAAUUAAAUCCAAUCAUCAUUCUAAAUCUGUUGUUUUUUUUAGGUUGCUGACCAAAGUAACAGUCUGGAUGAACUGAAAUUAGUGUGCAAGGAGUGCAAAGUACUGAAGCCUGUCCAAAAAGUGAUUUCUUCAUUUCUUGGAUGUAAAUGGGAAUUGCUUAGUGCAAAAUUGGGAGAGAAAGUCAGCGUUGACCAGUUAAGGAAAUUUACAGGAAAAGAUGAAACCAACCUUAUUUUCAGACAAAACUUGGAAUAUCUGCAAAAGAGUCUGACCAUCGAGGAAUCAGACCAGCCACUAGUUGUAUCACCCAAUGUAUUUCUGAUGGACCAGGGAACAAGCGGCGUUGUCCACAUGUGUGUUGACCCACUGGGACUGCAGCAAGGGGUCAUACGGGCAAGAAAAAGGAUUUUCAUUAGCCUUAUGUAAGCUUUCACCACAUCAGGUUUGCUGGACCUAGUGGACCGUUUAAAUUUUGGUGUGUGCCACAUUUUCAACGUAGCAAUAAUGGGGGAUAUCCAUCAAUUAAUGGAAAUAAAAAAAUGGAUCGAGGAACACCGUGGAAUCUGCGAACUUGGUUUCGCAUGUGCUAAAGGAGUUAAACCAUCAGGUCCUAGCCUUGGUAUGGUACGGGCUGUAGAGGGGUUUCUCCUCUACCAUGCGGCGCCUGGGCAACGGCUGCUGCAAGAUCAUUUUAAUUUCACUGCCUGCACUGAGAAUUUUAUUAUUGUAAGUCAAGAGCACAAGGAGUUGGAGGUGUGGCAUUCUGUAGUUGAAAUGUUCAGUAGACCAGGCGAUUGGAUUCUUGACGUGAAUACGCCACAAGUUGCUGGAGCUGCUGCAGCCAUGAAGGAAGGCAGGAAUGUUUUAUGCUUAACACCAAAUGAAGAAGAGGCAAGAAACGUAUUGCGCAAAAUUUUGUGAUUUGAAAAACUAAUUAUAUAAUUCUAUAUACAUGAUUCUUUGCAUUUGACUUUAGUAUUUUGGUUGUGAUGUGAAGGUCU